ACAUUUUGACUAAUUUCACUGCUUACUUCUAUGUGCAGUUUUUGCAUGUCUUUGUGAUUUUUGGAUCUAGACUUUUUGGCACCCUUGAGCUCAUUCAGAAAUGCGUCCAUGGACCUAUUGCUACACGUGACAGUUAAAUCGUUGCUUCGUGUUACCAGUAUUUCACUCGCGUCGCCCCACCCAGCUGAAGGCGCUCUAAUCUGUAGGUCCAGGAAAACAUCUUCGACGGGAAAAUCAUAAACAGGAGAUCAAAUUUAGGGCAAGGGGAAUGAGAGGAUGGUCUGAAACGAGGGAUAUUUUUAUAUAGGCGCUGGCUGAUGAUUCAUUGUCUGCGCGUCUCCGCUGGAUGCGAAGCGUGUGGAUGCUGGAUGGUUAGUGCUGACUGCCGGAGAUGCUGUGCACAGGCCGAGCCUGUUUAACAUCCUCUUGCUUUUUGGAUGGAGCCACAAGCCAGAGCAGCUGAAAGACGAUAAAUCAAAGACAGCAAAAGGCCAGUUUUAUUGGGUCUGAGAGCAGGCAUCCGAGAAAGGGUGACAGCGACGGUGCGGGCAUGUUCUGAGCGGAGAGCCGACGAGCGGCGGCGGCGGCUGGCGGGAUGAAGGCUCCGAGAAGACCGAGGCAGACGCGUCUCCUCCCCCGUUUCUUCGUCUGUGGAGUCGGUCUGCUUGCAGCCGCCUGGAUCUUUCACUUCAGUGAUGUUACAGCCUCCCAAAGCCCAACUGUGAAUCACAGCAUCUCCUUAUUCAAGAGAGAACUCAUCCAGCAAAAAGAAGACAACCAGACUGGUGGUGCUUCUAGAGCUGCUAUCAAUGAGUUUCCUGAAGACAUCUUUACUCUGAAUCAGAGGAGACAGGGAGCCGUUCUCCUUCACGUUCUCUGUGCUAUCUACAUGUUUCAUGCACUGGCCAUUGUGUGUGAUGUUUACUUUGUGCCAUCACUGGAAAAAGUAUCAGAGAACCUUCAGCUCAGUCAGGAUGUUGCCGGGGCAACCUUCAUGGCAGCCGGGAGCUCCGCCCCUGAGCUCUUUACUUCUUUGAUUGGGGUGUUUAUCACAAAGGGCGACGUCGGUGUGGGAACUAUUGUGGGAUCAGCUGUCUUUAACAUCCUGGUUAUCAUUGGCAUCUGUGGCAUCUUUGCAGGACAGCCCAUUGUUCUGAGCUGGUGGCCUCUCUUCCGCGAUUCGGUUUUCUACAUCCUGUCUAUAGUGGUACUUAUUCUGGUGAUCUAUGAUGAAAAAGUCCUGUGGUGGGAAACCAUCAUCCUGAUCUCUAUGUAUGGAAUCUAUAUAAUUAUCAUGAAAUUUAACAGAUCUCUGUCCUGCCUGGUUGAGAGACACUGCGGCAGGGUGGGUCAGCCGUGUUUGAGCAGUCUGCGACGGACGACUGCUGUCGGAAACGCUGGAGAAUGCGACAACGACAUGGUGCCGCUUAAACCAGACUCAUGUGUGGUGGCUGGUCAGGAUUCCGGGGUCGUGAUGGUGGAUGAGCUACUGAACUUGCAACCCCACCAACUCACCCUCUCAGAGGCAAGCCUCCGCCUUCUCAUCACCCUGCAUUUCCCCCCCUUCACCCGCCUGCGCAUGGCAGGACGCAUGGUCAUCAGCGAGAGACAAAGGCUGAUUCGGGCUCGGGUGGGCCCAGAGGAGGGGGCAGCUUCAGGGGAGGAAGGUUCGGGUGCUAGUGGGCCUUGGGGAAGGGAGAAUGGGACUGUGGCUGAGGGAGAGAGACAGCCACCAGAGGGGGAGAGGGAGAGGAGUAAAGAGACAGUGGGGGAGACGUGUGGGGGAGGACAGCCUAAGGAGGAGGAGGAGGAGGAGGAAGAGCAAGAGGACCAAGAUGAAGAGAAUGUUCCUUUCAAACCGUUCAUCCUGCCAGAUGGCUGGUGCAUGCGUUUGAAGUGGCUGCUUUCCUGGCCCGUGAGCAUCCUGCUUUACUGCACCAUCCCCGACUGUAACCUGCCACGGUGGGAGCGCUGGUACCUGCUCACCUUCCUGUCCUCCACACUCUGGAUAGCCUUCUUCUCCUACCUCAUGGUCUGGAUGGUGACAAUAAUCAGCUACACACUCGGAAUCCCAGAUGUGAUCAUGGGGAUCACUUUUCUGGCUGCUGGCACGAGCGUCCCUGACUGUAUGGCCAGUCUCAUUGUCGCCCGACAAGGGAUGGGUGACAUGGCUGUGUCCAACUCCAUCGGCAGUAAUAUCUUUGAUGUGCUGCUGGGUCUGGGCUUUCCCUGGGCGCUGAGGACUCUCAUAGUCAGCUAUGGAUCAGUGGUGACGAUAAACAGCAAAGGCCUGGUGUACUCAGUGAUUCUGCUUCUGGCCUCAGUCACGCUUACUGUCCUGUGUGUCCAUCUGAACCGCUGGAGGUUGGACCGCAGGCUGGGACUCUGUCUCCUGCUACUCUACGCCAUCUUCCUGCUCUGCUCCGUCGGCUUCGAACGGCUGUAGAGGACACUCCCCGUACACACAAAUGAACAGCUCUCCUCCCCUGCUGCCAUUAAUAAUGAAAAACAUACAGAGAGAUGAUUUUUGAUUUCAUUUCAGUGGCUUCCCACAAAUAGAGUGUCGUUACUAUUUUAGGACCCUGUUUAUUUGAUUUAAUUUUAGUGUAAAGCCCUUUGGUUUUAAAUGUGCUAUUUAAAUAAAAAUUUACUUACUAUGACACCGGCUGCCUACAAGCAACAUUGUUUACCUUUGAUAAAUGAGUAUUUUACAGAAUUUUGUACUGUAGCACUUCCAGCCCAGAUUUUGUGAAAUCAAAGCCACUGAUAAUGCACUGUCUCACAGCAAAUUUAUAAAAUAUCAAAUUUGUAUUCUGAAACCAAGAAUAUUGUAUAAGAACUCCAAAGUGUGUUAGUUUACUUAUAAUUACUGCCACAAGUAACCUCAACGAGCAUAUGUAUUUAUGGUUGCUUCUCAGUUUGUGCACUUAUUUCAUGUAAAGUUUGAUGUUUUCGUCACACCUUUGUGUCCAUAGCUGUAAAAAUGGCAUAGCAUGGCUAAUCACGCUCCCCUUUGCUAAAAGUCUUUCAGCACAAAGGUUGAUUUUUUUUUUUUUUUGUUCUGAAACAAAGGUGACUAUAUUCUGCAAGGUGUUUAUGAAUGUCUGUCUGGAGAG